GUCGGGCACCCGGCAGGCGCGGUGCCCAGCCCCGGGAGAGGCCCCGCCCGGCUGCGGGCCAUGGAGCCCAGCUGUAAGACAGCCUGAGCCUGGGCUGCAGAGGUGCUUGUGUGGGGGAGACCCCAACCGUGGGCAGGGAUGAAGCCCAACGGCAGCCUGCCCAGCGAGUUGGGCUCCUGCUUCCGCAGCCCCAACCUCACCGAGAACAGCACGAAGUCGAUUGUCUCCCCCUGGUUCUCCACCGCCUUCGGCACCAUCGGCCUGGCCUCCAACCUCUUCGCGCUCUGCGUGCUGGUCAGCUCCUCCCGCAAGAUGCACAGCCGCGCCCGCUCCUCCUUCCUCAUCUUCCUCUGCGGCCUGGUGGUGACCGACUUCCUGGGCCUGCUGGUCACCGGCUCCAUCAUCAUCUCCUACCACUUCACCAAGUUCAACUGGAUGGAGGUCGACCCCUCCUGCCACCUCUGCAACUUCCUGGGCCUCUCCAUGGUCUUCUUCGGCCUGUGCCCGCUGCUGCUGGGUGCCACCAUGGCAGGGGAACGCUUCUUCGGCAUCAACCGCCCCUUCUCCCGCUCCACCAGCAUGUCCAAGAACCGAGCCUGGCUCAUGGUGGGCCUGGUCUGGGCCUUCUCCUUCUCCCUGGGACUCCUGCCCUUCCUGGGCCUAGGGGACUACACCCUGCAGUACCCCAACUCCUGGUGCUUCCUCACGCUGCUGCAUGACUCCAGGAACGUGACCUUCUGCAUGAUCUUCGCCCUGCUGGGCAUCCUCGCCGUGGGCCUCUCCUUCCUCUUCAACACGGUCAGUGUGGUGACGCUGUGCCGGGUCUACCACGACCGCGAGGCGGUGCAGCGGCGGCGGGACAGCGAGGUGGAGAUGAUGGUGCAGUUGGUGGGCAUCAUGGUCAUUGCCAGUGUCUGCUGGUUGCCCCUGCUG